AUGCAGAAUAUUAAGAGCCAAUUCCGUAGCGACCAGUCGGGUUAUGGAGAGGAAGAGUUAGAAACGAUUAGCCAGGAGGUAAAUCACGUCAUUACGCGCCGGGUCAACCAGCUGUCUAUGGAGAAGCACCUCUCUCCCGAAAUCAAGAGUCACUUGGAGAAAAGGCUACAGGAGACUACCUACCGCACUUAUCUCUGGGUAUACCUAGCGUUUGAUUACUUGGGGAAAGAAGACUUUAAAAGGACCCCAAAAGGUGUUGAGUCUGCUAUUGCAACACUCCCGAGGAGUAUUAAUGAGGCAUAUAAUCGGAUCCUUAGCAAGUCUAAAGAAGACCUAAUAGUUCGAAAGGCCUUAAGUAUUAUCUUAGCAGCGGGUCGGCUACUAAUACUCUCAGAAAUGAACAAUGCAGUAAAUAUAAACGACAUAUCACAGUCUUUUCACGACCUCGACUUGGAGGACGAGGAGGACUUCAAGUUGUAUCUCAGAUCUUGGUGCGGACUCUUCGUCUUAAUCCAUCAAGGCAAUAUUUAUUUCAUUCAUUAA